UUAUGUGCCACCCGAGAAGUUACGGCGGGCCCGAUAUCGACCAAACUGCCGCAUCGUUUGCAUCCGAUGGAACAGCGAACAGAACCGCCGCCAACACGUACAAACGCACAGCUCCGCAAACAAACCGUAUGCUCCAGACGUGGAAGGGCGACCCGACACCGUCGCUAGCAACAUCGGACACAGGUAGGGCCGGAACGGUACCAUCGGUGAGGCGAAAAGUGCGCCCGCAACGCAUACACCAUCACCGUACGGGAGAUGUCCGGGUCGGGCGCAACAUCGGCAUCGGUACGGUCAGCGAUCAUGUAGGCGCUAGCACUCAUAAACACCAUAGCAAAUCGAUCGAUCGGGUUUCAUCGGUAAAACAGCAGCAGCGUGUGUACAGUAAUGUCCAGCAAGGCUCCAUUACCCUAGAGUUGGGAAGUCACGCAUUUCUAGAACCAGGACAGAAUAGAACGAUACCGUUGAGCGCCCUACAAGACACUUCGAUAAUACGACAACGUAUUCCCUUGGUGAAAAAGAAGCACGGUCGACUGCAGCACGGCACCCACCAGCAUCGCACUAAGCGCCCCGGCUCCAACUCCAUCCCCAGCGGUACGUCCCGCCGUAAUGGACCACCUCCCCAUCUGAAGUAUACAACGAUCGGCGAUCUUUGCAUUACCUGUCCACCGGAACGGACAGCGAUCGCAAGGAAGGGUCUGGAUGGUGUGAUGAUCGAACCACCCUGUCUGUCCACCUGCAACGGACGUCCCAUUUCGAAGGAACUGUACGAACUGGAAACACUGUUCGGACCGAAGGCGAACUUUGUGCUUCCACAUUCGAACGGCCCACCGUACAGCUUUAUGGCGAAGGUGGUCAACAAGCAGAGUGGCAAUACGGUACUUACCUGCGAUCUUCGCUACAGGGUGAUCGUGAAGCAGUGCAAACGGUACAAGCCGAAGAAUCGUGAUCUGAAAGCAAGCUGCAGUCUGGGCAACAUUUGGGGCUCACGGUGUACGUUCCAUUGCCGGGGCGGAGGAUAUCUUAGCCGCCCAAACUCGUACGUUGAGUGUGGCGAGAACGAGCUGUGGGAAGGCGAGGAACCGUACUGCGUGUUCAAUGAUGUCUCCGAUGACUAUGCGGCCGAUAGUGAUACACCUAACGCUGCCGGUGAUUGUCAGCUGGAUAUUCCACCGGAAAAUGGACGCUUUGCCUGUGAUCUGAAAGACAACGAUGGUGCUUCCAACGAACUGGCCGUCCCCAACGGUACCGCAUGUCAGGUGAAGUGUAACGAAGGAUAUCAUGUCCCGGCACAUCUUCAACCAGCUACAUACUUCGAGUGCAGUGAUGGUCAGUGGAACAAUACGAUGCGUCCUUUCUGUUACAAACCGACACCGAACCCUGGCGGAAGCAGCCAACGACGCAGAGUGCAUGGAUAG